AUGUCAUUCAUACAACAUGUUUUCUUGCAGGCUGUGGAGGAGUCGCACAAAGUGCCUGAUGAUGGUGUCAUGAUCCAGACAUCCCCAGAAAACUAUGUUGUCACCCCACACAGAAAGAGACGUCCUGGUUUCCACAACUCUCCAGCGCAGAACCCUCCAUUUGUACCUUUAUGCCCAUCAUAUCUGGAUGAGAUUCGGUACCGCAACAGCCUCCACAGCCCCAGUCCACGACAUCUGGCUCAUCCAAUGUCUGCUUCUGCACCACCAUAUUUGGAACGAGUGUCCACACCACCAGGAAGUGGACCUUUGCAACCAGGACAAGAAAUGGGCACCCUUACCUCAACACAACAACAUGUGCGUGAAGAUGUAGUAGUGAAAUAUCGACCACCAAGUGGCGAUGGUCAUGUGCAAACUGUAGACUAUACCACCCGAUCAGGAGAUGGAGGACCUUGGGGGACGUGGGCAUUAUGUUCACCGCAGGUAGGCGUCAGUUCCGAAGAGACUGCAGCCAGUGGUGCAUAUGCACCGAUAAGUGGGAGUAUAAAAAGUGAAGGUAACGGAGCUGGAGACAGUUCUGGGUCGUUCAACAGCACGUCGAACACCAGCUCCACAUCCAACUAUAAGACAGUUCCCGUACGUGAAUAUCGUUGUGAAUAUUGUGGAAAGCAGUUCGGAAUGAGCUGGAACUUAAAAACACAUCUUCGUGUUCAUACUGGGGAGAAGCCGUUUGCGUGUCGACUAUGUGUGGCAAUGUUUAAACAGAAGGCACAUCUUCUAAAGCAUCUGUGCUCUGUGCAUCGGAAUAUCAUCCAUGAAGGUGGAGAGGGCCGGUUCAGUUGCUGUUUCUGUCAGCUGACAUUUGAAGCCCUCCAAGAGCUCAUUAGACACUUAUCAGGUGCACAUAACAACCUGCUCCUCAGCAAGAACUUGCAUGAAUAA